AUGCCUAGGGGCCCGAAUUCAAACGGACGCGUCUCCAAGACCUCUGCCCCUACUCAGACGUUGAAUGAGCCAAAUAUCGCCGCGUUGGAACGAGAGAUUACCGCGCCUAAUGAUCAAGUGCAACAACAACUGAACACCCCUUCGGCUCGUCCAAUUCGUGUGGCUUCCAAGGCACUUGAUGAAGCUCAAGAGAAAGUCUUGAUUCAGUGGAUUCGGCAGGUGAAGGAGCUAUUCUCUCUUCCUCUGGGACCCCUCAUCACGAAAAGUGCGAACCAGAUAUUGAACCGCGACGGGAAUGACGCGACUAUCAGCAGGGCAUGGGUUGAACGCUUCAUCAAAAAUCUACCAGAUGACUUAAAGCCCCCCAAAGCGCGCUCGGUCAAGAAGAAACGUCUCGAUGCGUCAGACAAGAGACUCUGGAGCAUUGAAAAUAUCUACAAUUUUGACGACACCAUUUUCCAAAUCGGGCAGGGAAUGAAACCUCGAAUGAUCGUUACUAGCAGGGCAUACGUCCCUCCCCUGACUAGAACCUACUGUGAAUGGAUAACCACAAUCGAAUGUAUUGCCGCCGAUGGGUGGGCAGCCGUUCCAUUCAUUGUUAUUGAAGGCGACCACUAUCUCGAUGAGUGGCUGACUCUUGAAGGAACUCCUGAUGAGACUAUAUUCAUGAUGAACUCAAGCGGCCGGGUUGAUGAGCAGGUUGCAUGCGAGUGGCUCGAGUCUUUCCAUCGUCAGACCGUAGAUCGUGCUGCAGAUGGUCAGCCUAGGCUUCUAUUAUUCAGAGGCCAACCUCAAUAUCUCAGUUACAAAUUCCUCGAAUUUUGCGAGCAACAAAAGAUUAUUCCCUUCAGCUUUCCGCCCAAUAUAGGGCAUCUCAUGCAGCCUUUUGACGGCAAACCCUUUGAAGAUUACAAGAAAUUCUGGAGGUCUCAAGGCAUUCUUUUUUCCAUGAUUGAUGAUCCAGAUGAAGAGAAAACAAUCUUCCUCACGGACCUCCCUUCCGUCCGUGAGAAAUCAUUCAAACCCGAUGUCAUCACAAACGCAUUUGCCGACAGAGGCAUUGUGCCAUUUGAUCCGUCCAAGGUGGGACAGCCACUUUGA